UGUCUGUUCCUGAUCAUAAUUCAAGGGCUCUUGGUUGCAGGCGGUGGGGAGAGGAAUGGGAUGGAAGGAAUUGUAGUUGGAAUAGUUUGGAAGGAGGGAAUGGUUGGAAGCGGUGGCAAGUUGAAAUUUGGGAUUGAUGUUGGGAUGGUGGGGAAGCUAGGAAAUGAAGGCAGUGUCGGCUUAGGCAGCGAUGGCAAAGGCGGCAGCGUUGGCCUAGGCAAAGUUGGCACCACCGGCAAGGUUGGUGUGGAGGAUAUUAAUUUUCCAUACAAUGAAAUAUAUAUUCUGGCAAUAAAAGACUCGAGACUGUAUUUCCAUACAAUGAAAUCCAGCAAUAAAAGAAAGUUGCUGACACAGGAUCAAGCAACACAAACUUCGACUGAAACAAAUAGAGUUCUAGAUAUAUAUGUAACGUCCAUAGAAAUUCAAACAGCAAAGUGGUCCAUUUGUCUGUUCUUGAUCAUAAUUCAAGGGCUUUUGGUUGCAGGCGGUGGGGAGAGGAGUGGGAUGGAAGGAAUUGUAGUUGGAAUAGUUGGGAAGGAGGGAAUGGUUAGAAGCGGUGGCAAGUUGAAAUUUGGGAUUGAUGUUGGGAUGGUGGGGAAGCUCGGAAAUGGAGGCAGUGUCGGCUUAGGCAGCGAUGGUUGA